CGCGGUUUAGGUAUCUGACUUUGGUGUGAAGUCGCGUCCGGGAAUCGGCAUUUGUACUGUUCUAACAAAAACCAUCGGUGGCGCAGGCGAAAUGGAGAAGAAUUUCGUCUUCUCCGGGUUUUGCGAAUGAUAUCCUUCGGUCAGGUAUACGAGUAACAAGUGUAGCUUUGCCCUAUUACAACACCGAAGUUGUACCGUCUUAGAUUGGCUGAAGCUAUGUUGAGGUUAGCUACUGUAUUAGCAGCUUCAAAGCAUGUAAUGACAAAGGUGUUCUUCACUGAGUUGACUGAUGCAACAUUUGCUAUCUGCACAGCUAGCUUGAAAGUCCCACCCUUGUCUCCACCAACCUUAAUCCACACUUCAUCAGCAGGAAUGGCAUUGUCAUGCCACACUAAUGCAUCAGCUCUGGAGAAAAAACAGUAUUUAUGAUAAGUUUUUGAGUAAGGUCUAAAUCACACAUGAUUCAAACUGGUCGAGAAGUGAGUGGACUACAGAUUUGAGUAAAGAUAUGUAAAUACAUGCACACACAAUAAUUGUUCCUCAUCUUCUCCCCCAAAUGACAUCUCCACAAAACAUAAAGCGUUUCCCUUUUAAACCCCCCUCCCCCACGUACACACACAAAAGGUUUCAGAUCUAGAAGCCACAUUCAUAUCACACACUGAUCCACACGCAGACUAUGAAGGAAAAAUUCAAGAACACGGGACCGUAACCAGAAACACGGGUCCACCGUUUGCCUUCGGCCCGUGUACUUGAACUGGUUCCACGUAGUUGAACACGCGACCCCGUAUACUUUUAUCACGAGUCCCGUAUUUAUGAACCUCGUGAGCCUGUCUUCUUGCAUGGCAUGUUAUUUGAAUGCGAGCACCGCGUUCUUGAUUCUACAAACGGCUCCUACUAGGCAUCGGUCCCGUCAUCUUGAACAAGCACCGCUUUAUUGAAUACACUGGAAACGGCCUCUACUAGGCAUCGGUCCCAUCAUCUUGAACGAGCACUGGGUUUUUAAAUAGUAUUAUCUACCUAGACGGCCUCUACACUAGGCAUCGGUCCCGUCAUCUUGAACGACCACCGCGUUCUUGAAUUCUAUUUUCUACAUACUUUUCACACGGUCCCAUCAUCUUGAACGUACAGCUACAUUGCAAAACACGCACAAACAGAAUUGGAGGCAAAAGGUGACCGCGAGAGAAAAGACAAAACAUGGAUGAUAGUCAAGUGCUACGCAUGCGCAUUACAAACCACUGUAGCACAGGCGCACAAACCCGACUAGAGUUAAUGGUGUGACCGUGAGAACUGGAUCCAAACUAAAUCAAAACAAACGAAAGAGUUAGGUAGUCCGUUCAGGUCCGCACAUGUGCACGAGCCUACAGUUAGCUAACAAAACACGCACAAACAAAUUGGAUGCGAGAGGUGUGACCAUCAGAAAUGUGUGACUGUGAGAAAUGGAUCGAAAAUAGGUCAAAACAUAGCAAAGCGCGCCAAAAAAUCUAGGUCUUCCGUUCAGGUCCGCACAGAGCCUACAAAACAUUAGAGCACACUGUAGAAAGUCACUUCAGGCUGUUCAGUCCUACUGUCUUUGUCAAUGGCUGGUCUGCUAUCAACAAUUGGGAAGCACACAGCUUCAGAAGACUCCGCUUUCGAGUACCUUGUAGAACAGGGUCUGUUAGCCAAAGAACGCCGUUGCUCCAAAUGCUAUCCAGCACCCAAUUUGAGCCUGAUAAGAAGAUCGGACAUCGCUGAUGGAUGGACCUGGCGCUGUUCUCUCAGAGGAUGCCGAACAAAAGUCAGUAUUAGAAAGGACAGUUUCUUCAGUCAGUCAAAGCUCAGGCUGACUACGUGGAUAAAGCUUAUGUAUCUGUGGGCAUCUGACAUUCCUGUGACCAAAGUGAGAUGCCAUCUAGAUGAUGGGGAAUGCAGCACCACCACAGCAGUAGAUGCAUACUAUCUGAUUAGAGAUAUAUACACUGGAAAACUGCUAGCAUCACCAGUUCUUCUUGGUGGUCCUGGAAUAGUUGUUCAAAUUGAUGAAAGUCUAAUGAGACACAACCACAAGUACAACAGAGGAAGAGGUCCUCUUGACCACAUCUGGGUCUUUGGGAUGCUAGACACAUCGUUGUCCCCUGGAGUGGGGUACAUGGAAGUCGUCGACAAGCGCGACGCUGCAAUGUUACUGCCGAUUAUACAACAGCACACACGACCGGGAACAAUCAUACAUUCAGAUCAGUGGGCUGCGUAUCGAGACCCUGCGGCUAGACUUCCUACAGUUGCUUGUCACAGAACAGUCAAUCACAGCAGGCAUUUCGUUGAUCCGCAGACGGGGGCUCACACACAGGCAGUAGAGAGCUACUGGAAUUCGGUGAAAUCCAAGCUGAAGAGCAUGAGAGGCACAACAGACGGUAUGCUGCCUGGCCACCUCGAUGAAUACAUGUGGCGGGAAAGAUGGGGCAGCGGAGCGAACGGUUGGAUGAACGCGCAAACCGCAUACAACAGCCUUGUCAGACAUAUUUGUACAAUGCGCAUGCGCCGUAAAAUAUUUUAUGUUGCAGUUUAUGUUUGAGAGUAGUUAGUCUGCUAAAAGUAGCAACCUGUUACCAGUUGAUAUAGUUGAAAAC